UCAAAAACAGUUUUAUUUUCGAACUUCUGGCAGAAGCGCAGAGUUUCUUGUUGUUCCUUUAGUAUGCUCCUCUGGUAAUAACCGUCUGACUUGGACUCACUCAGACACCAUGAUACUCACUUCGCACUUGUUCAAAGCGUUGAUAGUUUGUGUUCCGUUCGUUCUUGUUAUUUGCGAAGCAAGGAAUAUCUCUGAAUCAGCUCCUGACAUUUGCCCCCCCGGAUGGAUGCGUUGGAAUAACGCGUGUUACUACUUUGCAAAUGAUUCUGUCUCAAGCCGGGUCGCAUGGCAAGACGCUAGACAGGCAUGUCAGAGAAUCCGUGGAGGAGACCUUGCCAGUAUUCACAGUGCUGCGGAGAACGACUUUAUAACACGCCAUGUCUCAGGUGCUUGUUGGAUUGGACUCAAUGACCUCAGAGCAGAAGGCAAUUUCCAAUGGUCGGAUGGGUCAUCAUUUGUUUACCAAAAAUAUAGCAACAAGGAACCAAAUGAUUUCUAUGGCCAAGAAGACUGUAUAGAAAUUAGGGCGUGGUUAGCAGGUAGUUGGAAUGACUUAAAUUGCGGUAUCGACCUGUGCUACGUCUGCAAGCAGAUCAAGAAAACCAUCAUACCAAAUGUGAAUCCUUUGGAACCUAAACCAACCCAUGGACGAUGUGAGGAUGGCUGGAUGAACUAUGAAAAGAGCUGCUACCGCAGCGUGUCAGAUCCUCUUCUUUCUUGGCAGAAAGCAAGGGAUGUUUGUCGAAAUAACACCAGUAUGCAUGGAGACCUUGUCACAGUGAAUAAUCGGCAAGAACAGGUAUUCUUAAAUACUAUCACUCGAGAAACCAGCACUGAUUUUUGGAUUGGCCUUAAUGACUUGAUCUCGGAGGGCAUAUUCCUCUGGACAGAUAACAGUCCUCGCAAAUAUACUUACUGGAAUGUCAGUGAACCAUCAAAUAAUGAACAGUCAAUGGGUUGCGUACUCAUGAAUCCUCAUCAAGAUGAAGGAAGAUGGAGGACUGCGUCUUGUAAUCAGAGGAAUGGGUUUAUCUGUGAGACAGAGGCUCUUCCAAUUCUUCCAACUCAUGACCGACCGCCUGGUGCAGCUCAGUAACUUGCGAAGACCCUUGAUUAAGCAAUUUGCUCUGGCGACUUAUUGACUUGCAAUGGCAAUUUUGUAACAUCCAGUGGCUAUUUACUAAUUUGUCAAAGCAAACGAUCGCAAAUCAAUCACGUUAUGCGUGGCGUGGCGAGAAUUUUAGUUUAUCGUCACACUUGCGUUUAAGAUGCUCGUAAGGAAGUCGGAUGACCAGACAAUUUAGUUCCCUGACGGGGCGCACGACCGCUUGCCAAAAAGGACGAGGACUCUGCGAACGACAUUGACAGCCUUCGGGACAAUUUGUAGGAAGUACUUAUCUCUAAAUCUUAUAUUCUAACAUUACGUCGGUGUUUUUUAUUUUUCAGUAUGGCUGUUUUGGUUAAGUCGUAGCUUAUACUCAGCUACACAUUACUGGCGAGUUAUGAAACGCAAAACAGCAAUUUUGCAGUGAAUGCUUUUCAGCCUGUGAAUGUAGCAAACGGGUCACCAGGUCAGGUUCAUUGUUGGAGAUUUCUUCAACAUUUCCAUCCAUGGUAAAGGAUUUGCGCAUGGUCACUGCAUUUUCUGAGAUAUCCGUGGCGACAAAUGAAAAUGGAGAUAAAAAAGAUCAAAUUUUGAUGAAAAGUAAAUAAUGUGGAUACAUGUAUAUUCCAUUCAAAUGUUAUUAUACGACUAAAAAGUUGCGUUAUACAAAAAAAUGCAAAAUAGAGAGGAAAAAGAUUUGUUGGCUAUAAUCACAGGAAAUCCUUCGUCAAAUGAGAAGGUUAAGACUUUGCCAGAGAAUCUCCUUAGAAUA